AAACAGUUAUUUAAGCGUUUCAAAAUAGGAACGUGGUGUUUCGUGUCCCCCCGAAUGACGGUAGUAUUUAGUUUGUCCUAAUUACUUUGCCGUACAGCGCUCCAACUGUUGGGGGGCGGAGUGACAAGACGACGGGGAGAGUAUUUCUAACACGUCCGCAGUUGGAAAAUAAACUCAAGUCAAUUUCAACAGUAAGUCAUACUCAGUUUUCAACCAAGUAUCUCUUCUAACUGCAACAAUGAGCGGCAGAGGCAAAGGCGGCAAGGGGCUCGGAAAAGGAGGCGCAAAGCGUCACCGCAAAGUUCUCCGUGACAACAUCCAGGGCAUCACCAAACCCGCAAUUAGACGUCUGGCUCGACGCGGCGGAGUCAAGCGUAUCUCCGGCCUGAUCUACGAGGAGACCCGCGGUGUCCUCAAGGUCUUCCUGGAGAACGUGAUCCGUGACGCCGUCACUUACACCGAGCACGCCAAGAGGAAGACAGUCACGGCCAUGGAUGUGGUGUACGCUCUCAAAAGGCAGGGCCGCACCCUGUAUGGCUUCGGCGGUUAAGCUUAUCGGCUCUCUCCCAUCAACCCAACGGCUCUUUUAAGAGCCACGCACUGAAAACUGAAAGGGCACAUUUCCCAGAAAACCUACCAAGUUGCAGUGGAAAAUUUCUGGUCACUGUUGGUUAAUUUUCGUUGUUGGUCCUGUACAGUAUGAUAACCACAAUACGAAUAAAGUUAAUUUCUGUUUUAACUUUUUAUGGGGUAGCCAAAUGCGGCGCAGGGACAAGUUUAGCAUGGAGGUGCCAUACAACACAUUCAGUAAGUUCGACCAGGAAUUGACUCAAACGCCAAAAAUGUUAACUUAAUAUAUUACAGUUUGUGGCAGUUUUUACAGAAGCUUUCAAAAGCGACAGUCAAUUAUUGCAAUCGAUUCAUGUAGAUAUCAACAUCUGCUCACUUCAACUUCCGAAAACAUGAUUGCUUCAAUAUUUUCUAUAAGCCAUUUUCCACAUGAGCGCCACAUGUCGUGAAACUCCUAUGGAGAGGGAAACACUUAACAUCCCCAAAUAUUGGGAUGAUCGCUAGGUGGUUUUUCAGAGGCUCAAUUGGGCAGAAGUAUAAACGUAUGCAUACUUGUUCGUGGUUGGUCGGUUUUAAGCUCAUCAAUAGAAUCUUCACAAAAUCCAAAAUUAAUGUGCCGAUCGAACUGAAAUUUUCUGAGGCUGAAGUGGGCCAAAGUAGAGAUCUCCAAAUAUGGUGGUGAUUAUGGCAAUUUCCGCGCAUCAAGUAUGAAUGUAUUAACCUUCAUCGU